CUGACAGCUCGGUUGAGAUUUUUCGUGGGUUUUCGGUCGCUGCGGCUGUUUGAGGCGAUUUCAUCACUUCACCAAUGGACGCUCGUAAAAGGCACCUGCGUCUGUCCUAGAGGGUUAAACGUCAAACGCGCCAUCGGCUCCUCCCAGUCAGUCCAUGGCCGAUCAUCAGCAUGAGUCCAUCGAUCUCGGGUCUCCUUCGGUGGACCCAUCACCAUCAUCAUCACCUGCUGCCGCAGGACACAGCUGGUUCCCCGGACCCCCUCCACCCAUCUACUCCUGCACCCUGACCCCUGAGCUGGUGGCCAAGGCACGGGAGGAACUCCAGGAGAAACCAGAGUGGCGUCUCCGCGAUGUCCAAGCACUGAGGGACAUGAUACUGAAGGAGCAGCCCAAUCUCCGGACGAGGCUGGACGACGCCUUCCUACUGCGCUUCCUGCGGGCCAGGAAGUUCGACUACGACCGUGCCCUGCAGCUGCUGCUCAACUACCACGCGGGUCGCAAAGCAUGGCCAGAGGUGUUCCAAGACCUGAAGCCCUCCACGGUGAAGCACGUCCUGGACCUGGGCUUUCUCACGGUCCUGCCACGGCCCGACCCCAGCGGACGAUACAUCCUUUGUCUCCGACCAGGAAAAUGGAAGCCAAACGAUUAUCCAUUUGUUGACAACGUGAGAGCCAUUUACCUGACGCUGGAGAAGCUCAUCCAGCCGGAGGAAGCGCAGGUGAACGGCAUCGUCAUCUUGGCCGACUACACCGGAGUGGGAAUGUCGCAAGCCUCCAAUCCGGGCCCAUUCCUCGCCAAAAAAGUUGUGAGCAUCCUCCAGGACGGGUUUCCGAUCCGAAUCAAGGCCGUAAACAUCAUUAAUGAGCCGCGGAUUUUCAAAGGCAUCUUCGCUAUAAUUAAGCCGUUUCUGAAGGAGAAAAUGGCAGAGAGGUACAUCCUCCACGGCUCUGACCUGCGCUCUCUGCACCGGAACAUCCCUCGCUCGGUCCUGCCAGAGGAGUACGGCGGCACUGCGGGCCAACUGGACAUGUGCCCGUGGUCCCGACUGCUGCUGGACUGCGAGGAGGAGUUUAUAGUGGAGUUCUGCCAGCCAGAUCCACUAGAGGGCAUGGUGCUCCCAGACUCCAUGCUGUUCGAAGGGGAGCAAGCCAGCGGGCAAGAUGACGACACCUUCAGGGGACUGCGCUCCCAACUCUACUACUGUUACUGAUGCGUAGACUCCCAUCGCUGAGAGGACAUUUUUUUGUUUCAUUUGAAACACGCGUGUAGACUAUAACGGGGCAAGUUGCCAAUAUUAUACAUGAUUUAUUUUUUACUAACAAAGCAGCACUACUUUAGGCAGAUGGUCUUGUCUGGUUUACAUGUAGCUGAGCAUCCAAUCAUAGUCCCAAGGCAGCUGCAGACUCAGGCAAAGAGGCUUUUGACAUAAGCCGAAACGCAUGUUUCGACAUUAUUGGUGGCCUCAAUUAAUUAAUUUCCAGUAUUUACAGUGAAGGAUAGUUUGACAUUUUUGUUGCAGUAGUUACAUGCCCAUAUAUGUAUAUUGAAAGAGGUUUUGCUUCAUGUAAACAAUUGUCCUGUCCAAAGUGGCCAUUUAAAUUCCCUUUUAAUGUGCAUCCAAUGUAAGAGGUAUACAGUAGUUUUUUUUGGUUUUUUUUGAAGCCUUGACUGUCUCGGCCAAAUUAAGUGGACAUCUGCUGAGCUUACUGUCUUUGAGGUGCCAUACUCCCUGUUUAUGUUAUUAGCUGUCCACCACAGCUCUGCACGCUGUCUGCAGAAACACAAUUAAGGUACUAAACUGAGACUGCAAAAGUCUCAUAUUGGCUUCAGCUGUACUCUGAUGAAAUAUUUUUUUAUCUGGAACGUGGACUGAGGAUUUUGUCUUUCAGCUCCUCCAGCGAGGGAUCUGUAUAGGGGCCAGUGGGGACAGGAAGAUUGUUUUACUGUACACAUAAGUACUGUCUUACGACGCACGUGGAAAAAUGUGAUCCUAUCUUUUCAACAUUUUCCAUUGAGGACAAUUCUUAAAAACAGCUUUCCACAACUCUCCAGUUUGUUUCCAUGAACUUGUCAUAACCUGGCCAUUAGGGCUCUGUCGUCAUGGUUACAUCACCCCUCAACUGUUGGAAAAAUGGAGACAAAUUUUUGUGUAUGUAACCAUCUGAUACAUUGCCUUACAAACUGUUGUUAGUCAGUAUAGGGGAUGCGCCAUAAACCAUGUUGGAUUUGUGUUACCAAAGCAAUAUUCAAGUUUAUUCUCAUCAGGGCUUGUUUUACAUAGUAAAACAAGCCCUGAUGAAGUGGAAAUAGAAUGCUGCUGUGGUGGAGAGAGAGAGUAAUGUUAUAGAUUUAUCAGUAAAUGUAUUAAUUUAUUGUAUCACUUGUACACAGUAUUUUCCAGGCCUUUGUGUAGCUGAUGUUUUAUUUUUUUUCUUACGAUAGGAUUAUUUUUUUGUAAAUUCAGAUAAUCUGCUUUAUGUUUUUUUAAUUAUUAUUUCAUUUUAACCUUUUUUUACCCGUUUGCCUGUGUUCCAUCACGCAGUCUUAACACAUGACCACAUGAGUCACAUGGGGAACAGAACAUUCAGUCUUGACUCCUUGGACGUCUGGUUUUGCCAUAUUUUACACAUGUACAGAAAUGUGCAAUAAUGCGGGGUUUGUUUUCCAUGUGGUUCGCCCGAAGCUUAUUCGAAUAAUGUUGCUCAUUCUUUUACGGUUUUUAUUGAAGCAUGCGUGUGUGUGUGUGUGCGUGUGACAAUGAGCUGUACUGUGUUGCAGGAUAUUUAUCGUUGGUGGCGUAAAUAAUAAAGUAAAACACAAAUGGA